AUGAUGAUGCGCAAGAUCUUCAACGAUGAUCGUGUCGGUUCUUAUCUCCAGCGGUCCGAGGACUCUUUCUUUGAAGACGUCCAUGGUGCCAUGUUCUCGGACAGCGGCAACAGAGACGAGAGCGGCCCAACCGAGCUUUUCCGAGAUGUACCUUUGCCUCUUGUCGAAUCAAAACCUCGGCGGUGCUCGGAAAUAUUGUUCCGAUUCAAGAAAACACUGGCUGGGGUCCUUCAGCGGAAAAAGAUCUGUCCACAACAAGUCACCGCUACCUCACUCACUGCGGAGGAACGCGACAGGCUUUUGGAAACUUCGCGCGCACUCAAGGAAAUCGGUCCCUUGCAUCAGAAUCUUGAUGAGAGUCAUCUGGUGAACCGAAUCGGUGAUGAGUACUUGAUCUCCGGAGUAUUGGGGUCAGGUUCCUUUGGCAUUGUACUCAAUGGGCGAAGACCCACAGAGUCAUCGAAGAAUGAUGUUGCAAUCAAAGUAUUGGUAAAGAGUGACCUCGCAUCCAUAGCGGAUCUACAAGCGGUCAAUAGCGAAAUUUGUGUCCUGCGGCACCACGGCAACAGCCACCCCAACAUUAUCGGGUUUCGCGAGACAAUCCACGGGCCAGAGAACAUCUACAUUGUCUUGGAAAAGUCACAAGUAUCCCUGCAACAACUGUGGCACUUGCACAGCAAUAUGUUCGCGACCCAGCCCAACCUCUUCCAGGUGAUCACCCGUGGGAUUUUGAAAGCAGUGGCAUACUUGCACGAUGUUGGGAUUAGCCACAACGACCUUCAUCCAGGCAACAUCCUGAUUUGCACUGAGUUGGACAGCCAGCGCAAUCUCAAUGAGGGUCGGGUCAUCGAGACCACUGACAUUCGCCUUUGUGACUUUGGUAUGGCCCGCAUGGCAGAUGACUACAAUGGCAUGUCACUAUUGAAUGAAAAGUCUCCCAUUCUUCUGCCUCGUGGAGGACUUGGCCGGCCGCUCAAUCGCGCGCCUGAGACUGCCACACAGUCGCUCUACGAUUCGAAAAAGCAAGACGUCUGGUCCUUGGGUUGCAUCCUCUUUGAAAUCAAUCUGCAUUGGACCGGCGUGGAAGACUGGGAAGACACAAUAUUGCAGUCAAGAAAGAAUCCAAAGGCAAUGCAGCGUAAAAUGGCCCAGAUCCUGAAGAAAGCGCAAAGAAUUCCAAUUGAUGGCAAUGGACCGAAGCUCAUGCAUGACCUGCUCUUCAAGCAGCUGUUGGUCAUGAACCCCAAAAAACGGGUAUCAGCUGGUCAAGCUUUGAAUCAUCCUUGGUUUGACUUUGAAUACUGA